AAAAGAAGUCAAGGUGGGGAAAAAAUAACUUGAUUGGCAAGGGUCAGGCCGGUCAAGUUUAUCGCGAUAAGCUUUUGUUGCAGAGAUCGCGUUCGAAUUAAUUGGAGGUUUUCGUUUUCGUUCCGGAUCACGACGCCGAUAACACAAGGAUUUUGACUCCGAUCCCGAUUCAAGUGCACUGCCAUGUUACGACUGGCUAGACAAGGACGUAGCGCACUGAGGAAUCAUUUUAUAUGCAUAUCAUGUCGCGCCCUACUUACCACCGGUGCCACGAGGCUACCGAGUGCCGUCGCCAAACUUUGUGCAGCACGCCACUUCUCGUCGUCGGCGCUGUUGUCGACUGAUCAGCCCUCGCAGCCACCGCAGAUAUCGGAGACAACCGAGAAACAGGCUGAGAAGGAUCCCGAGAAGCACGACAAUAAAAAGCCCGAGAAGCAGGACAGGAAGGAUUCUGAGAAACGGGGCAAGAAAAGGCCCGAGAAACACGACAAGAAGGAUUUUGAGAAACAGGAUAAGAAAAAGGUCGACAAAAGGGACAAGAGAAAGGCCGAGAAACAGGCCAAGGAGGAGAAGGAUUUUGAGAAAUCCAAACCGUCAAAGUCGACCAAAUCUUCGACGCCAACCAAGAGAGCCCCAUCCGCCUCGGCGCUCUCCUCGUCAUCGCCGACCAUCAGACACAAGCUCUGGCGCGAGACCCUCAAGGUGUUGAAGGACAUCAAGGCCGACCAGCGCCCACCGUCUCAAACGACCGAACAUGCCCCCGCCACCGAACCUGGGGCUCAACAGCCCGCUCCCGCCGCCGAUUCUGGCUCGCCGAACAAGCCGAAGGGAGCAAAGGGACCACCAGCCCGCGACGCAAACCUCCUUGACGGCGCUCUUGCAAUGCUGAAGCAGGUCCUCCGCGAAGAGUUGCGAGAUGAUGCUCAGUUAACUCAACAGACCGUCGAACGUGUACUGGAUGAGAACCCUCCGACCGCUGCGCCAAAGGAAAAGAAAAUCACAGGCAAGACCUUAGCCGAGGCUUUGGGCGCUGUCAAGCCAGCGGGAGACAACCCGGCCGAGCAAUCUACAGCGCCGACGGAGAACUCGUCUGGGAAGGCGCCUAAGAAGACUUCCAAAUCCUCCAAGCUCGCACCGCUUCGCGCCAGUAAAAAUACGGGCAGCAAGGGACCUCUCGACUUCAUCGUCAACCGCAUCGAUGCGAAUAAAAUUGAUUUGACCCCCAUCGAGAAGGAGCAACCACCUGUCCCUAGUUUAGCUUACGGCCUGGAUCGUGUGCUCUUUAACCCAGGUGUUUAUCACAUCCAAGAUCCCCGCUCUCGCGUCUUCAACUUCGAUCCCUACCUAGAGCGCAUCAUGCCCGUCAAGGAGUUCGAUUACGACGCUAUCAAGCAAUACAUCACGUCUUCCAAGGACACCACCCUCAUCCAGACAGCCGCCGAGCACAACAAGAAGUACACGGGCUCGACCUCGAGCAUGACUUCCACCCUUGCCCACUUCCACUAUCUCCUCUCGGCCUGGCGUCCCAUCAAUCCUGGCAUGAUGACCAAAGAUUUCGAGGUCGACUCGCACCGCUUCACUCGCAUCCUGCGCGCCCCCGCCGCCACCUUCCUCCACUGGAAGGACGGCACCUACGCCAUCGAUGCCGACAAAGAGUUCGAUAGCGCAAACGUUCUGAGCAUGCUGGGCAAAUCCAUGGAAAAGUUCCUGACUCUGCCCAAGGAAGAGUUCGAAAAGUACCGUCGAUCAAACUCGGACCAGCUGACAGAAGAGGAGCGCAACGGCCCCGAGUCAUAUCACUACACCACCCUGGGUGACUUCAUGAUGCGAUCCCAGCUGGACGCCUACGACCCCAGGCUGCCUGGGACCGGCAUGUUCGAUCUCAAGACCAGGGCUGUCAUCUCUAUCCGCAUGGACGCCCGCGAUUUCCACAAGGGCAUGGGCUACGAGAUCCGCAGCCGCUUCGGCCAGUGGGAGUCAUUUGAGCGCGAGUACUACGACAUGAUCCGGUCCGCUUUCCUCAAGUACUCGCUCCAGGUCCGCAUGGGCCGCAUGGACGGCAUAUUCGUCGCCUACCACAACACUGAACGCAUCUUUGGCUUCCAAUACAUCCCCCUCCAGGAGAUGGACCUUUCGCUGCACGGCCAGGAAGACGUGACCCUUGGCGACCGCGAGUUCAAGUUGAGUCUCUAUUUGCUCAACAAGGUCUUGGAUAAAGCCGCUGCCAAGUACCCCGGCCGAUCACUACGCCUCCACUUUGAGACCCGAGGUGAGGAGACGCCCUUCAUGUACAUCUUCGCCAAGCCCGUCACCCCGGCGGAAAUCGAGCAGAUCCAGGGCGCCACGCAAGCCAAGAUCGAAGAGUUCGAGCGCCAAAUAAUGGGCGUUGUUAGAGAGGCACGUGCCUUGGAGGACGAAGAGGGUGGGGAAGAGGGUGUCGACGAGGCCGACGAGCUUGAUAUCGACGAGGCCGAGGGCGAGCAGAUAUCCAGUUCUGGCGCCUGGGAGGACGUGAUGCUCAGGGUGGAGGAUGAGCUGGAGGACGAGGAGCACGGCCUGACCUUUGUCCGCGAAGCCAUCGAGAAUGCUCUCAGAGAGAGCGGGCUCCUCCGGUCCGCAGCGCCCGAUGAGACACAGCGCUAUGUCGAUUCCUUCCUCGACGCGUUGACGGGCAACGGCCGCCGUUCCGCGCCCGAAGGCCAGGAGACCUCCGAGCUUGCCGAGUCGAGCGAGGCUGAGGCAUCCGUUGACGCCGAGUCGGCUGCUGAGUCUGGCGCGGAGACCGACGCCACGUCGGCUGGCACUUCAGAAGCAGCGGAGGUCACCCAAGAGUCGAGCGAGGAUUCCAAGGAGGGUGGGCGGGCGCCCGCAACCGAGGACUCAUCCGCCGAUGAACCUACCUUGAAAGACCUCAUUGUCAAGCUGGCGAUCCUUAUGCGGGCGAGGCAAGCCCGGGCGAGGCAGGCCCGGGCGAUCUCCGGUGAGAAGUGGUCCUCGCCCAUCGAGGACGAGGGUAUCAUCGACGAGGAUGCGUCGGAGGUCGAACUCAAGCUCCGGAAGAUCGAGAAGAUCCUCUCGGAGCUGGAGCCGACGGGCCAGCCGCAGGACGGGGACAAGAUAGAGGAGGGUUUAGGCAACGGGGUGGAACCGACUGAGUCUGCCGAGCCGGGGGAGCCAACUGAGACAACGGAGACGGUCGAGACGGUCGAGCCGACCGAGUCCGUCGAGACAACGGAGACGGCCGAGCCAGUCGAGCCAGUCGAGCCGACGGAGCUCACCGAGACGGAGGAUGCCACGCCGUCUGAAGAUUCAGCAACGCCGCCCACCGAGGCAGCCGUGGAAACGGAGGGGACGUCGGCCACAGAGACGGAACAGUCCGAAAACGCAACACCGUCGGAGGAAGGAGAAGCAGAGCAAGAAGGAGAAGCAAGCGGCACCAAGCACUACCACGACGAAGCCGAGGGCGGCGAGCUGUACGGCCUGAUCCUCACGAUCCGCAACAGGGUCAACUGCGAGUACGUCGCGCGGCCCGAGAAGAUGAACCGCGGGCACCGGUGGCAGGUGGAGUACGCCAUCGAGGAGGUCAAGCCGGAGCGCGCGCAGAACCUGUACCGCAUGGUGCUCAACCGCCGCAAGAACCUGCUCUACCCGGAGGACGCCGACGGCGGCGACGCCCGCGACGACGGCGACCGCUGGUACUCGAUGUUCCAGGGCAACCUGAACCGCUACAGCACGGGCGGCCGCAAGUUCCGCCGCCGUGAGGAUAGGCGCCAGCGCGGCCAGCCCGUCCAUGUCUACGGUGCCGACGGGCCGCUGUCGUAUGAGGAGGUGUUUAGUCACACGAAGGACAAGGCUGAGGAGAACGAUGGGGAUGAGGAUGUGGAUGAGGAUGAGGAUGGGGAUGGGAAGCGGGCCCCUUUUAGAAAGGGGGGCAAGAAAAAGUGGUAGAGCAAGGGGCGGCGCAUCCACUGUGUGCACAGAUGUGUAUUAUAAUGUUUGUGGGAUAGAUUUUGUACGACCAACUGUACCAUAUACGACGACAUUCACUCUUACA